CCGGGUUAUACAUUAACAGAAAAUAAAGCGAGGUACCCGGCAGACCGGCCGUACACAUCGAGGUUCGCCGCUCCAAAAAUGUCAUCAUCUCUACCACCAAGAAACUUUUCUUGGCUCGAAGAAGGAAAAUUAGCCGGUCUGGCAUACCCGUCUUCGAAAUCUGACAUACAGUACUUGAUGAGCCAAGGAAUCCAGCAUCUUAUCACUUUGACUGAAUCUCCACUGUCUUCGACUAUUGACAUUGAUGGCUUUGUCAAUCUCAAGUUCAGCCAUAUCCCUGUUGUUGACUUAACUCCUCCGACAUUGGAUCAGAUCAAAGAGUUUCUCAAGAUUGUUGAACAAACAAACAGCAAAGGGGAAGCCGUAGCUGUACACUGUCAAUAUGGAAAAGGUCGAGUGGGAACAAUGUUAGCUUGUUACUUAGUAGAAACAAAAAGACUGUGUGCAAAAGAUGCAAUAGCUACUGUGAGAUCCAAGAGGCCAGGGUCAAUAGAAACCGUUGAACAAGAAAAAGUUAUAGUUAAAUUUGCAGAAUACUUAAAACAAUGUGAAUAACAUUGAUCCCCAAAUUAGGCUAUAUUGUAAUGAAUCUCUGAAAAUAUAUCCAGGGGGACAGACCUAAUAUUUUCCUAAGCAUAACCUUUUAUUUUUUAUCUUGUAUGCUGUGACAUAAUUAACCUCACAUCUUUGAGUUAACAUAUUUUUAUAAAGAUUUAAAAUUGCUCUACUCCAUGGUCCUCAAAACAUAGCCUACAUAGUGGCACUUUGGAGAGGGAGGGAGGGGAAGAGGAUGAGGUGUUUAACAGUCCUCCUUCCCUUCCCCCUCCCCAAAGUGCCAUUACACAGGCUACCAAAAUUAUGGUCCCUAAAACAUUCUAGAAAAUAUAAUUUUUUUUAAUUUUAGCUGAAGCCUGCUCUGUUUCCUCUCCCAUACUUUAUGGGGAUCGUCUUCAUGCAUUGUUGUACAUUGGGACCCCAAGCCUUAAAGUGAUUAGGGGUUUCAAAUAGCAAAGGUUACCUGCAUGCAGAGAAGGCUAAUUACUUCAGGUUUAUUCUGUCACUAAUGUAUCAGAAUAAAUAAGGCUGAGUUUUUAAACACUUUUAUACUGUACACUUCAUUAUUUAUAUUGAAAAAGAAUUCAAAAUCUGCAAUAUAUGGACCUGAAUCUAUAUCAUAUUGGUGAAUAUGCAUUAGUAUGAUGUGGUAAUAUUUCAUAUAACAAAUAUAUAACACUGUAUAAAUAUAAAUGAUACUCACUGAUUUAUUUAGGGCUGCUAGUAAACAAACUGUUCAUUAUUAAACCAACUUUGUGGAAACAUCAAAACAAAACUUUUUUUAGAGUUACAUAGUUUGAAGUACAUUUUACAGCAAUAUUAUUGUAUAUUUUUUGAAGAAUGACAUUUUGGUGUCCUUUUGACACCAUUGUCAAGUUCAAAGUAAAGUAAUCGAAUACAUCUCAGUACUCGCAAAUUAGGUAUAUUGAGGUUAAUUAGCAUUUUCUUCUUAAUGGAUUUAAAUUUCAAGAAUACAACCAAAUAGAGCUCUUAUCACAAUUAUAAUUUCAUACUUCACUUCAAUUAUCUUAUUUUUUUCUGUUGUUAAAAAUAAAAUUUAUUCAUCUCG